AUGAAAUUUGAUUGUUUAGGACAAAGUGUCUGUAUGAAUGAAGGUCAAUGUUUUCAAGACACUCCAGAUUGUCCAGAAAGAGCAAUGUGUAUUUGUCCAGCAUGUUUUUAUGGAACACGAUGUCAAUUUAGUUCAAGUGGAUUUGGUUUAUCACUUGAUCCUAUCUUAGCCUAUCAUAUUCAACCACAUAUUAAUCUUAUACAUCAACCAAAUAUUGUAAAGACCAGUUUCACAUUAACUACAAUCUUUAU